AAGAGAAAACACCGCCAGUGUGUCGGGAUGUGACCUCCAGGGCUGCCGUUCUGUCAAAAACAAAUUUUUGUUCAAGUACCACAUACAACAAUGGCAAGCCGUAGCCUCGCACGCGCCGCCGUUCAAUCCACAUUGACCAAACCAGCAUGCCGUGCAUUCUCCUCUACAGCUAUUACCAUGGCAGGUCGUCAAGGUGGUCGUUUCCGAAAACCCGAGAAAAAGUUCGACGUUAAUUUCAUGGAGAAAUUCGAUUUCGACGACCAAACCACGAUCGGUCACGAACUUUUUGAAAACAUCCGUAACAUUCGCCAGUACCUGCGUAAAACCGAAUACGAAUUACCAAGGUUACAGUCUUUUGCGAAGCCAUUCGAACCACCGACGUCCGAACAAAUUGUAAAGUACAAAGUACAAAACUAUCUCGGUGAAGGUCACCCUGUCGAACGGAAGGUCGUUCUCUCUGUUAAAGUAUCAGACUUGAAGCUGGACGCCAAGGAAAAGCACAAGUUUUUGCUUUUGGCAGGCCCACGGUAUCACGUCGAUUCGGACGAGUUUGUCUUGUCCAGUGAAAAGUUCCCUCACCGCAAGCAAAACAAGAAAUACGUUAGCGAUACUUUAAAGAAAUUGUUAACCGAAGCCAAGGAUAUGAAGGAUACAUUCGAAGACAUUCCCCUGAAACUCCCAACCCCCAAGAAGCAGCUGCAAUUCCCCAAGGGAUGGGCUCGUCCACCACAGUCGGCACAACAAGAAGUUCCAAAGCAAGAAUAGACGACACAAUUGUAUAAAAGUUCCCUCCACAUCCAAAAUU